AAACAGAUAAACGUUUCGCUUAAAAUUAAAUUGUGCUGAAAUAUUUAUUACGUUUUAAGCAUUAGUUAGUAGUGAUAAACGUUUGGUUUGAAUUGGACGUUUUAAUACUUUUCAAGUGUUUCGAUACGAAAUUAAUUGAGUAAUUAAAAAAACAAUGUCGGAAGAUGCCUACGUGCCUCCACAACGUCGGCGUGGUGCUGCCCAAAAACAGGAGCAGAAUGACCAUUCUAUUCGGGGUCAAGGGUCAAGAGGGAGGUCGUCGUGGGUUUCAAGAAAUCCGCAAUCACCGUCCUCAUCACAUUCUUGGGGUGAUAGAGGAGGAUCCAGGGGGAGGGGGCGGGGAACCGGAGGAUUUGGCAGGGGAAGACCGAAUACAGAUCCGGAGAGGGACGGACCAUCAUUUUCUACUCCACGGAAACGCAUAGAUGUUCCAUCUGAUGGUAAAAAUGGAGACGUGACGGUUCGGAAUCGAGAUGUGACGUACCAAAAUAACAGCAGGCGUCCCAUCCUGGGAUUCCGAUGGGUGGAAGGCCUCCUCCUGGAAAAAGAUAACGACAAGUGCAUCAUGACCAUCGCAAGGGAAGGGGAGGAAUGGACCAAGUUUUUAGAAUCGGAUCCCAUAAUUUCCACCCGUCGGGCGGGGGAUGAUGGUCUUCUCCUAAGAAUGGUGAUGUUCCUGCUGGGGCGAAAAGUUUGCUCGGAACAAGUUCUUCUUACCUCGGAUCAAACCACGAUUAUCGUGGCCACCUUGAACGCACAAAAGUUUCUGGAUAAAAUUCGACAAAAAUUGGGAGAUUUGUUAAUUUCUGGAUUUGGCGCGAGUUCUGAGCGGGGUACAAUUUCGGAGAAAAAUAGUGAAACAGGACUUGACACCACAACGAAGGGAUUUAUUCAAGACGUUUUUAACUUUUGUUCCUUCACGACAAAACGGAUGCCUGAAAGUGCUCGGGAUUUUUUAAAGAAUACAGUUCUUACUGCGGCGUACGGAUUGGUGAUGGCGAUUAAAGGUGUGGAUCCUUCCGUGGCGGAAUUUGAAGUGCCUUUGAAAGAGCUUAUCUUGCAGUUGGAUACGUUAUCUAAGAGAGAAGAGGUGAAACAAGUACUCAAAACUAGGCGCGGGUCAACGGAAGAACAAUGGAAGUAUUUGGACGAUAUGGAACCACCCUGUAACUAUCGAGAAAUGACGAUCGUCCCCUCCAUGCAAGAACUCAUGCGGGAACGUCGAGAGGACGUCUUCCUUCGGCGGAACAAAACCCGCGGUGCAUACGCGAGUCCCCUGGACUAUCUGGAUAUUCAAUUCCGUCUCAUGAGAGAAGAUUUCGUCUCACCGUUACGAUCAGGCGUUCAAGAAUUUUUGCGACAUCCAAUGGAAUAUUCUCAAGGACGGAAAAAAAUGCCGCUAGGAUCCAUCCGAAUAUACAACAAUGUGCAAAUUCUUGGAUCAGAAUUGCUACGCGGGGUGACCCAUUUCUGGCUCCGUUUGCCUGAAAAAUUUACUCGUAAGGUAAAAUGGGACCGAUCCAAACGUCUCCUCCCCGGUUCGUUGUUGGUCCUCACGAAGGAUGCGUUUAAAACUGGUUCAUUCGGUGUUGUUGGGAUACGAGAUGCUGACAAAUUGAAGAAGUCUGGGGAACUAUCAUUCAUUCCAGAGGGAGACCCACCAAGUUACAAUGACACAGAUAAUUUUAUGCUGAUAGAGAGUGAAGUUUAUUUUGAAGCUUACCGAUAUGUCCUGAAAACCCUACAGAAUUUGGAAUUGGGGGACUUUCCCAUGGCAAAAUUUUUGGUUGAUGCUAGCUCUGAAAUUUUGGCUCCAAGAUAUCUAGCAAAUAAUGAGACUGACAAUGAACAAAAGAAAAUGAAACUAGUUAUCCCAUCCAAGGAAGAGGACGAUUACAUAGCAGACCUGCUGACAAAAUUGCUUAAAAUAAAUCAUCCUCCAAAGGAAGAGGAAGAAGGAAUCAUGACGAUUAAUCCAUUAAUUGAAACAGACUGGCCAUCUGGGGAUACUUUAGGUUUGGACGAAAAUCAAUAUGCCGGCUUCCAAGCGGCCAUAAUGAAGGAAUUUGUCAUUAUUGAAGGACCUCCGGGAACAGGAAAAACUUAUUUAGGGUUGAAAAUAGCGGAAACAUUGCUCAAAAAUCAUGACCUAUGGAUGUCUCAAAAAUCAGCACAUUCCGAGAAAAUUGGACCAAUAGUUGUCGUUUGUUACACAAAUCACGCUUUGGACCAAUUCCUUGAAGGAAUUGCAGAAAUAUUAGAGCAACAAGGCAAAAAGAAAACACGAGAAUUUGUACGCGAUUGCACUACUAGUAUUGUUCGCCUAGGAAGCAGAAGCAAGUCUGAAAAACUUAAAGAAUUCGAGUUGUCCAAUGUCAGAAACCGUGGUGGUUGGCGUGAAUCCCAGGCGGAGUAUGAUCUACGUACCAGAGCCCGUCAGGCGGUACAAAAUUGGGGAUGUCAAGUCGAUUAUCUAAAGGAACAGUACAACGAACUUAAAGAAAUGAAAGGAAUUUUGGAUUUUCGGUGUCUCGCAGUAUGGGACUCAGUACGUCCUGAAUUUCCUCCGUGCUUAUGGGGGUUAUUCGAAUCACUAGAAUUCUUCGAAUUUAAUGAUGCAUUACUCUCACAUAGAAACUUUGAUGCUACGGCACUGGUUAAUUCUUGGUUUGGUAGAAAUCCGAAUUCAAAGUUGCCCAAGAAAACCCCAGACUUGAAAUUAGAGGUCGAGGAGGACGAUCAACUUGAAAAAGAAGACUACGAUCUCGAAGAGUUGCUGUCAACCCGAAUGGUAGAUGACUACCAGAGACGCGAAUUCAUCGCCAGCAAUAAGCAUGGAGAUCCGCAUGUAUUAACUUUCCUUGACAACCUGUCAUUGAUGGAUUGCAAAAAGAGGAGGUCAAAGCUUGAAGCAGAAUUGAUGACAGCUUUAGAAAAGCAUAACAUUCAAAUAAACAUCGGGACUGAUCAAGAAGUAAAUGAUCAAACGAUUCAGUUUAUAAGAAUGCGUCAAGUGCUGAACGAAAAUCGUAUCAACCUAUUGCAAAAUAUACUACCUCGUCUAAGAGGCAUGAAAAUUGACAAGGAAGCAGUACACGAGACGCUUAAGGAAAUGUGGGGUUCCCAGAAGCCAUGGCGGAAAAUAUUCCCAUCAGUCAUAUCUCGAUGGGAAGCAUAUCUAGUAGUAAUUGAGCGGUCCAAAGAGCUGCUAAACGAACGCCGCAAAGAACUUGAACCCGAGCUGAUUAUAGCUGAGCGGAGGUCAGCACAAAUUCGGAAAUACGGUGACAGUCAGAUUUUAAAGCAUUGCAAGGUGGUUGGAAUGACGACAACUGGGGCUGGAAAGCAUUAUGAUAUCCUGCAAAAUUUGAAUUCAAAAAUUGUUAUCGUAGAAGAGGCAGCAGAAGUUCAAGAGUCUCACAUUGCCACAUGUCUCACAAAAAGUUGCCAACAUCUAAUCCUGAUUGGAGACCAUCAUCAAUUGAAACCAAGUACCACAGUAUAUGAGCUGUCAAAAAAAUAUAACCUGGAUGUGUCCUUAUUUGAGCGGAUGAUCAACAAUAAAUUGCAGUCGUACAAAUUAAAAGAACAACACAGAAUGCGUCCAGAGAUAGCCGAUCUUGUUCGUGGAACAAUCUAUCCAGAACUUACUGACGCAACAUCUGUCCUUAGUUAUCCCGAUAUUCUUGGCAUGACACAAAACAUGUUUUUCAUCUCGCACAAAGAACUGGAAAAUUGCGAAGCAGAUUCUAUGAGCAAGUCCAACGAAUUCGAAGCCGACUAUUUAUUCGGACUUUGUAGAUAUCUCAUCCAUCAGGGAUAUUCCCCUUCGCAGAUAACAGUGCUAGCCACAUACACAGGUCAAAUGUUUCUCUUAAAGGGAAAGUUUCGAGGAAUGGAUGCAACCUCUGGGGUGAGGAUAACGUGCGUGGAUAAUUUCCAAGGGGAAGAAAAUGACAUAAUUCUACUCUCCCUCGUACGAAGUAAUGAAGAUGGAGCAGUAGGAUUUUUAAAGGUGGAAAAUCGAGUCUGUGUCGCACUAUCGAGAGCCAAGCUAGGAAUGUAUAUCGCUGGAAAUAUGGAUAUGCUCUCGCAAGGUAGCAAGAUUUGGCCGCAAAUUAAAGAGAAGCUGGGUCCAGGCAGGUUGGGAGACGGACUUCCCAUCAUUUGCAGGAAUCACGGAACUGUUGAAAAAAUUUCGAGGGGAGUCGACUUUCACACCCGUGCGCCACGAGGAGGGUGUACUCGCCUUUGCGAAUCCGACCUUCAACUUUGUAACCAUAAAUGUACAUACGUGUGUCAUAUCGAGGAUCCUUCACACACAAAUUUCAAAUGUUUGGAAAACUGUGAAAAAACAUGUCCUGAGGAUGAAGCACAUCCAUGCAGGGAUCGUUGUCAUAUCAUGCCUUGCACUCCUUGUCGAUACGAUUUCACUCUGCGCCUGAUGUGUGGACAUGAGAAAAUUGUUUUGUGUCGAGAUAGAUGGGAAGAGCAAAUAUGUAGCGUUAAAGUUCAAAAGAUCCUGGCAUGCGGUCAUGUAACUGCGUCCAUUCCUUGUUUUACGGAUGAGUCAAAAAUUCAGUGUGAAGAAUUAGUCGAAAAAAUGCCGCCCUGCAACCUACACAUCACACAAAUGGCUUGCUACAUCAACGCAGACGAAUUUAAAUGUCAAGUCGAAGAGGUUAAAUUGCUACCCUGCCGACAUACAAAGGGAUUAAAAUGUCACGAGGAUGAGACUGAAAUUCGAUGUAAGACACAAAUCAUAAAAAGUCUGCCGUGUGGACAUGAACAAAUGGACGUAUGUCAUUUAUCCGUGGAUGAAGUAAAAUGUCACAACCAAGUGAAAAAAGUGCUUCCAUGCAAACAUGAAGUAACCAUCCUUUGUAAGGAUAAAGAUAACGAGAGACUUAAAAACAUAUGCAGAAAUAAAUGCACGAUAAGACUGGAUUGUGGGCAUGCUUGCACCAAAAUGUGUCAUGCAGAAGAUGAUCCUGACCAUAAGAAUUACCAAUGUAAAAAGGAAUGCGCACGUGCUUGUAAAUCCGGUCACAAGUGUGCCACAAUGCACGCGUGCUUUAAAAAAUGUCCUGUUUGCACUGUACCUGAGAAGAAGAACUUGCCAUGUGGACACUCUGCAAAAUUAUCAUGUCAUGUAGAUCCAGCAUCGUAUAAAAAUUGUAAACAUGUUUGCGAACGAAUACUUCCAUGUGGUCAUAAAUGUGAUAAAAAUUGUGGCGAAAGUUGUGGACCUUGUCAGGUUCCAACACCACACACCGUUCCUAUCUGUGGACAUGUUAAUGUCUUCUCGUGCAGCGAAAUACCUGAUCAAGCGAAGUGUAAAACAUUGGUUAAGUCGAAGAAUAGAUCGCCUUGUAGUCAUGCUGUCUAUGUUCCUUGCAAUGUUGCAAAUACGCUAUCAUCCGAUGAAGUUCUUGCCCACUGCAGUCAGAAAUGUGGUUACACGUUUCCAGAAACGGAUGGGGGUUGUGGUCACAAAUGCAGCGGAACUUGUGGAACGUGCUCAGGGGGACGUUUCCAUGUCAAAUGUGAUUCCCCUUGUGGCCGUCUUCUUGUCUGCGGACAUGUAUGCGAAUUUCCAUGUUCAAGCGAAUGUCCACCUUGUUCAAAACCGUGUGGUAUGAAAUGCGAACAUUCAGAAUGUUCAAAAAGUUGUGGGAGACCUUGUUCCGUUUGCAGGGAACCUUGUUCAUGGAAAUGUCCACAUAAAGCGUGCACAAAAUUAUGCGGGGAACAAUGCGACCGAACCCCUUGUGAUGAACCCUGCUCUAAAAUUUUAGCCAAGUGUGGACACCCAUGUAUCGGAUACUGUGGCGAGCCUUGCCCUCCACUCUGCCGGGAAUGUGAUCUAAAUGAAUUACUAGAAUUCCAGCUGCUGUAUACAGAGGAUGAACCAGAUUCUAGAUUUGUCUGGCUACCGGAUUGUGGUCAUUGCUAUGAAGCACUCGGAUUUGAAAAGUUUUUAACAGUGAAGACCAAUGGGGGUGAUGGUGAUGACGAAAUUGUCGUCAAACGGUGUCCCCGAUGCCAAACUGUAAUUCGCAAUUGUCGCCGAUUCGGAAAUAUUCUGCACAAAAUAUUCAGCGAAGUUAGAGAAGUUAGCGAAAAGAUUUAUGGAAAUUUAAAAGACCUUCAAACAUAUCAGGCAGUAUUGCUGAAAAUAAUUUCAAAACCCAAAUGGUUCACCCACGUUCCUGAACAGAUGCGGGAAUAUGUAGUUAAUUUACUGACGGAGAACCUCCACAAAACUGGAACGUCUCGCAUGUAUGUCCGGGAGUCUCCUCGUAUAUUGAAAUCUAUUGACAGCCAUCUUCUCAACAGUUUGGCCAUUAUUGUACAAGUGGGGGACAAAUUGUCUCGUUCUUUAAAAAAUAUGGAAAAAAAUCUUACUGAUAAGGACCCCAUGCUUAUAAAAUUUAUGAGAAAAUGCAACCGUUUAUACGACCAACUCAUCCACCACCGAAAGCUUCCGUUGAGUCGAUUUGAAAUUACAAAUUUAGAACAGGAGAUGAUUCGGAUUAUCGACUGCUCAAAGUUGUACCGAUUUCACCAGUACAAAUCGCGUGAUGAGGUGGGCAUCGUGUACGAUCGAGUGGACAUAAUCUUAGAGUCUUGUCGGCCUUACACGGGAGAAAGCCAGAAACGGUGUUUGGAGUGGUUGAAGAAAUUGGAAGAUAUAUGCCAAACCGGGCUCGGUAUUUCGGACGGUGAACGAAUAAAAAUUCUGGGCGCUCUUGGAAUGGGAAAAGGUCAUUGGUUCAAGUGUCGGAAUGGUCACAUUUAUUCGAUUGGAGAUUGUGGUGGUGCAAUGGAGACGGGCAAAUGUAACGAGUGUGGUGCAGCUAUUGGUGGUCAAAGCCACGCACUACUGGCGGAUAAUACAUUAGCUACGGAAAUGGAUGCAGCCACCGCACCCGCCUGGCCGACAGCUUUGCGGCAAUAAGUUUAUUAUACUAUUUAAAUAGUUAAGACAUUCUGGUAGUUAAUCAAUAUCUAAAUGUAACUAGUUCCAUUAUUGUGUCAGCAGUGGGUGUUACAUCCCCAUAUUUCGGAAUGCUGUGUAGCUAAAAAAUUAACUUCAAAUUCAGCAAAUUCAAGUAAUUAUGUAUAUUAUUGAAAAAAAAUUUAUGAGUGUAAUUAUGUAAUUAUGUGAUAUCAAACAAAACUAUUUUUGCCUAAAAAUAUUUUUGCGUGAUGAAGAAAUUCUGUAUGAAUAUCGAAAGCUUGCAACAAUAAAUAUUUCAAGUUAAAAUGUCCUCUGAUACCGAUGUAAUCGAUCAAUAUAAUUAUGUAUAUGUUUUGGAAAUUUUGUAGUAACGAAGAUUCCAAAAAUUCAGAAUAAAUGAAACAACAGAAAUAA